AUGUGGACCGAGUUAAACACAAAAUUCAAUCAAGGAAAUGGGCUUCACAUCUUUGAUCUUCGGACAUCUCCCAUUUCUCUUCAUCAAGGAGAUGAUUCCGUUAGGACCUAUUUCACCAAACUCAAAGCAAUUUGGGACAAGAUUAAUGAACUCCGACCAAGAACACCAUGUACUUGUGCUGCUACCAAUGAUAGUCUUGAGCUACAGAAUCUUGAGCACGUUCUACAGUUUCUUACGGGAUUGAAUGAGUACUACCGUGCCAUUCAUUCUCAGAGACAGAGAAAAAUAAGGCCCUCAGCUACAACAAGUCUCAUUGUUGCAUCCACUUCCACUGCCCAAUCUUCCAACCCACCAUCACUUCCGUCAUCACGGACAAAGAAGAUGCGGCUUACUUGCUCUCACUGUCAAAAGUCGGGACAUCUAAAAGAAAAAUGCUACUUCAUCCAUGGCUUUCCCCAUGGAUAUGGCACCAGAAAUGUCAACAAUAAGCCUACUGUCAAUCAAGCUACUGCUUGUACUUCAUCUUCUCAGGAUAUAGAACCUCAUUGCUCUGCUCAGCACUCAGCUCCAACAAGCAUCUUCAUCCAACACAGAGACACAACCUGUGAUCUCUAA